UCCAUAGUAUUGUAGUUAUUAAAUGGAGCAAGGAAAUGUCAAUUAAACUAGAGACAAUUUUAUUAGUCUUUCCUAUGAAUGAAAAUUAAUAUUACAAUUGAAUCUCAUUAUUUACGUAGAUAAAUUUAUGGAUCAGAAUAUAUAUAUUAUGGUUCGCAGAGAUUCUUCGAUCAGUAGACGCCAAAAUGAAGCCUUGCCUUCUCGCUUUAUUUGCUUUUAUUUUGACAUCGUAUUUUCAUUUUGGUAUAGCACUAAGAUGUCAAUCAAUUAAUCAACAAAUUGAUGAUUGGUUUGAAAAAAUUUUAAAAACUUGUAGAAAACGAAAUUUAGAAAAUAAUAAUUAUGAUAACGAUUCUUCUUCGAAUGAAAGUAAUGAAUCGGACAGUUCUUCUAACUCGAAUGAAGAUGAUUUUAAUAAAAAGUUUUUUGCCAAAAAUAAUAGCAGAUUUUAUACUAAUGAAUUUUUAAAUGAUCAAAAUGAUAGAAAUAAUAGAGCUGGCCAAUCUACAAGAAAUAGUAAUUCACAAUCUUAUAAUUCUAAUAAUGGAAAUGAAAGAUUGAAAAAUGUAGAUUACUAUAAUACAAAUAAUUGGGGAAAUGUGAGAAAUUCUGGAAGUAAUCGAAAUUAUCAAGAAAACCGUAAUCAAAAACAAAAUGACUCUUGUAUCUCUCAAUGUUUUCUCAGUGAAUUAAAUGCCGUUGAUCAAAGAGGCUUUCCAGUACGAGAAUCUAUGAUACGAGUAAUGACAGAAAGAAUCCAUGAUCUAGAAUUACGUGACUUUAUAGAAGAAUCAAUUAUACAGUGUUUUCAUUUUCUUAAUUCUAUUAAUAGAAUGGAAAAAUGUGAAUAUUCACAAAAUUUAAUUACAUGUUUAAUAGGAAAGGGCAAAGAACAAUGCGAAGAUUGGAACAUGUAAUUGAUUUCCACUAUCUUUGGAUUUUAGAAUUUGCACCAAUUUCUUCAAUAUGCACUACAAUAUUAUUGCAAUAAUUAUGAAAAUUAUAAUCAAGAUAAAAGGAAUAAGAUAAACAUACUUUUAUGAAGUUAUAACUUAGUUGUAGAGACAAAAAUUCUAAUAAAUAUUUAUGUUAA